CUAUACCACAUUCUUCUGUUUAGUGUAUAUCCUCUGAAAUCAUUGAUUCAAUAACAAUUCUGAAAUACCACAAUAAUGUCUCCUGCUCUGUGCGCUCCCGUCGCCGUGACCAGUCACCCGGCCUCGCUUGAUCGCGUCCAGAACUAUGCCGUAUCCCGCAAACCCAACACAAACUACACCCUCGACAACCUGGUAGAAGAUAUCAAGCAGUACCUGGGAAGCUCCGGUAUUGACGACGACCAUGUCGACCCGGCGGUCCUCAUGGGAUUCAUGUCCAAGUACACCUCCAGCGGCGCCGACUGGGCACGAUACAUGCGCAACGACCCCAGCAAGAACUAUACCCGGAACCUGGUAGCCGAUAUCAGCGGGCGUGCAAAUCUGUUGCUGUUAGUCUGGAACCCCGAGAAAGGAUCACUCAUCCACGACCACGCCAACGCGCACUGUAUCAUGAAGAUCCUCGACGGCGAACUGAACGAGUCGGUCUAUUACACUCCCACAGCGGAGGACCAGGACGCUCCCCUGAAGAUCAAGAAGAAUACGACAUAUCAGCCUAAUGAGGUGGCCUAUAUCAGUGAUCAGAUUGGGCUGCACCGCGUUGCUAACCCGUCCAAAGAACGGUUGGCUGUUUCGUUGCAUUUGUAUACGCCUCCAAACGCAGCGGACUUUGGAUACAAUAUCUACGAUCCGAAGACCGGAAAAUCCAGUCAUGUCUUCCAGGCGUAGCGCGCGGAUGAUGUUUUUUGCGCAGAAUGAUACCAUUUCCCGCCCGCGUGUUUUUUUUUGUAUUAUAGGAUACCAUCUUCGCGGCUGUCCAGAUUGCAUUAUUUCGGUGCCUGUUUCGUUGGAAGUUGAAUGCGCUGCAUCAUGUGGCUUUACCAGUUAGUGUCAUAGUAGUGGCCUACGCUAUGAAUUCAUUGAGAGGG